AUGAGAACCAUUCACAUUCUGGGCCUAAUAGCCCUGUAUGGCCAGCACGUCCAAAGCCAGAUUACACCUGAUUGUGAUUUGGAAUUUGCAUCGUCAACGCUUGGAAUAGUUCAAGCUCAUGUAGUUGACCCUAUGAAGCUUGCUAACGUGGAAGCUAUCCUUUUUUCUUGCAACAAAUCAAGAAUGCAAAAAAUAGCCGAAAUAUCUGUAUUUCUACUUGAAAAAGGAACAUUUCCAUCACGUUCAAUGGAAGACAUUCGGAAAGUUGGAUUGUUAGUGAAUGAGGAAAAGAAGAGGAGACUCGAUUUAUUUUGGGAAAAUAUGCCACCGAUUUUGAAAAAGACAACCGAUGACAUCACACUCAUACUUUUGAAUAACUCUUUGAGCGGAAAUGAGAAAGUGCAGAGCUUUACGGACACUGUCGCCGCUUUACCUCGCGAGCACAGAAGAGCGCUCGAAGAAGUUUUCGACCAAAGAGCUCCCCAAAUGCACAUCACCCCUGUUGCUGCUAAAAUCGACAGCCAUCAUGAGAUCGCCGGUUUUGGAAAGGGCGACCCUGAGCAACCGACAACGGAAAUCCUACUGAGCACACCUCCACCAUUUCCAAUUGAAAAAGAAAAAGAGAUCAUUCCUGGAGCGGAGAUAGGAAUUCCCGCAAGCACAGUAAUACGAAAAAGCGGUCCCGAGCCGCUUUUUCCGCCAAGCCCUCCGAAUCACAGGUCUUCACCACAACUUUUGCAACCAAUACGGCCAGCUAAUCAGAAGCGCAGCGAUCCGUUGAAAGAGUUACUCGGUGCUGCAAUGAAUAUAGACGCAGAUCAAAGGGGCACCAGCACAUCUCAAGGAGGAUCUUUUAAUGCUCUCUUCAAACCUUUGCCAGGUUUUACCGACAAAAAGCCCAAAUCUCUGGGCAUCGUGCAGAAGCAAACCGAAACUAUCGAAAUGGACGAUUCUGACUUGCUAAAUCCGCGAUCGUCACUUCUGUCAGACGCGGUUCGCUUACUUGAAAAGACUAUUCCCCUUAUCAACCCGAUGCGGCCUCCCAUGUUGUCAAAAGACUCGAGAUUCUCACCUUCGCAGACUUUUUCGAUACCUGGAAAGUCACUAAGUCACCCAUCAGACUCCAUUCCAGUGCCCUUGUCAGAGCAAAGAACAUUGUUGCCUUCAAGAGAUGAUCCACUUCAUCCUGACGUAGCCCCGAUCAGCCCCGUGAACAGGGCUCGCUCAUUGGGCACAUUUGACACACAUCUUGGUCGCUUCGCCAGUGGUGUGCCCAAUAGAGUCAUACUUCAUACGAAUCAACUUGCGUCGAUCAAAGAUAUGGACAGACUAAAUGCACCGUCGUCUAGACAUCUACCGCCACCCCCAAAUUAUCUAACUACAAGGACCGAGCAAUUCACCACCUAUCCUGACCACAGGGAGGGACUGUUUCCGGAAGUCAACCAAGUUCGUCCACUGUCACAACAAGCGCGGGUAUUCCGUCCUUCAAGCCAGGAGAGUGCAGUCUACCCCACAAACCAUACCAAAGGAACAAUCACAAAUAAUGUACCAACCUCCAAUCGUGACAAAACGUUUCACAUCGAAAAUUACCCUCCAGCGCCAUACGGCAUAGCACCAAGGCCAAAGCAAACAAUAGGGCACGAUCUGUUGGAUACUGAUCGACUGGGUUCUUGGUCGAUGGGUAGGUUCGAUAAGGAAGAGCCUUACUAUCCUACUCCCGAACCGAGAAGAGAGUCCACUACAGUGAUAGCAGUUUUACAAGAGAGAACAACUAAGGCAAGCAGCGAUCUGUCUACAUUUAACGAAAAACCGGCAGUUUUGCCAAUGUUUCAACGAUACCAAAGCCCCGAAUCUAUUACCGGAAGUCAUGCUCUUCGCGAAGUGUAUAAUAUUCGACAUCAUGGACGCCCACGAUUUGUUAAGAUUGAUCUCAGCAACGAAUAA